GGCCUGAAGCCCGUGUCAGUCACGCCGCUGAGCAGCCGCGGCGCAGGAGCGGGACGGAGGUCUGGGCAGUAGCCUGCUGGACGGGAGUCGCUCACUCGAAGGCAGGAACUUCUGCGGGGAAACCCCAGAGACUGUCUGAAUCUGGCCAGGACUCAGGAGCAAUGUCUCAGCAGUUCCUUUAUCGGGCACUGGUGUCAGCUAAGUGGCUCUCAGAAACCAUCAAGUCCCCUCAGGCUGGGCAGGCUGUGAAGAUCCUGGAUGCGUCGUGGUACCUCCCGAAGAUGAAGCGUGACCCCCGGCAUGAGUUUGAGGAGCGCCACAUCCCUGGUGCUGCUUUCUUUGACAUCGACCUAUGCAGCGACCGUAUGUCGCCAUAUGACCACAUGCUGCCCAGUGCAGAUGACUUUGCGGAGUAUGUGGGCAAGCUGGGUGUGGGGAAUGACUCCCAUGUGGUCGUGUAUGAUGCCAGCGAUCAGGGUCUCUUCUCUGCUCCCCGUGUCUGGUGGAUGUUCCGGGCCUUUGGGCACCAUGCUGUUUCUCUUCUGGAUGGUGGGCUGAAGAACUGGCAGCGGGAGGGGUACCCACUGAGCUCUGGCAAGAGCCGAGCAGUUCCUGCGGAGUUCAAUGCCUCCUUGGACAAGUCACUGGUGAAGACCCAUGAGGACAUAGAGGAGAACAUAGAGUCACAUCGCUUCCAGCUGGUUGAUGCUCGCUCUGCAGGGCGGUUCAGAGGGACGGAGGCAGAGCCCAGAGAAGGAAUUGAGCCUGGUCAUAUCCCUGGCUCCCUGAACAUCCCCUUCUUGGAUUUCCUCACAGAAGCUGGCUUUGAGAAGACCCCUGAAGCGAUCCGCAGCUUAUUCCAGGAGAAGAAAGUGGACCUCUCAAAGCCAGUGGUAGCCACAUGUGGCUCGGGAGUCACUGCCUGCCAUGUGGCCUUGGGGGCGUACCUCUGUGGCAAGCCAGACGUGGCUGUCUACGAUGGUGCCUGGGUGGAGUGGUACAUGCGGGCUCGGCCUGGAGAGGUCAUCUCUGAGGGCAGAGGCAAGACCCUCUGAAGCAACGCUUCUGUCCCUGCGGUGCAGACAGAUUGCCUUGGAACAGGCUUUGGGAGAUGGUCUUAGCCUUUCCUGUUUUAAAAUCAUAGUGGUAUUGAGUGAAGGUCUUGGGUGACAAAUCUAAACACAUGGUUCUAGCCCCUUCCUCCUACUCCCCUCCCCCUUCUUGCCUACAACCCAUUUUUCUGGGCAUGGAAGAUGCCUCUUUACAGCGUCUUAUUAGAGGGAGGAAGCACUUGUUAUGGGUUGGUGGAAUAAUUGAUUCAGGCUGGACUCAGCAGCUGGGAUGAUCCAUCCUGAUUAGACACUGAGUGAGGAAGAUGAGUGGAGGAGCAAUUUAGGUUUCUUCUCAUAGUUGGACUCUGAUUUGUUCUCAGCCAGUUCUGCAUCCACCAUUGUUCCUGGGGAACUUGAAAUCCUGUUUUUUUAAAAAAAGAAAGUAUCUAUUUAAAAGGUUAUAUAAUAAAAACAUUUAAUGAGUUUAAAGGUUUUUCUCCUGAACUGAGCCCAGGACAGUAUAGCUGGGGCUUCUCCUUCCCAGAUCACAGAGGCAUCUUGCUCUGUAUCCCUCCACAGGGAGUGUUUAGUUACCACAGCUACAUAUAUCCAGCAUACGUCUACAGUGGAGCUGGAGCGGGUGUAAGGUGUGAGCUGGUAUGACAUCGUGCAUCAACUAUGGGAGAGGGACUGAGAGACUUUUUCCAUUGGACCAUAUGAACUGGAACCAUAAACUCACUGAACAUUAAAUCCCACCAAAUGAGGGUAGAUCCAUCUCCAUCAUCGUAUCCACUCAUUAUACUCCACACCUGAACAUAACCAUUAUAUGGACAACAUACCCGCAUAUCUCAAUGUCUGUACUUUGACCGAUUAACUUUUACCACCAAUCGGGGAGAUUAUGUAUUCCUUACGCCACCCGUUCCUAAACCGAAUUUCACAACCCUUGAUAAUCUGUACCUUAUUCCCUGAUAACCAGAAACUUCUAUGCUUAAA